UUUAAUUUCUUAGUACAGAACAGUAAAUAUUGAAGUAAAAAGUGUUACCUUCUCUACUGACAGAACUCUCAGAGGUCACCAGGUGGUGUGGUGUUUUACACAACUAAACCACCCGCUCCAUUGACUUAAGAUUAAUUAUAAACAAUCUGUGAACCAAACAGUGGAUCCUGCCGCGGUUGGUUUGGUUUUAACAAACAACAGAUCAGUCUGCCCAGCUCUCGACAUUUCUUUAUUUUAAUGAUUUGCUAUCAAAACAAACAAGGCAAGAGCUAAAGAGGGAACACAGGUACCGGGAUCUGCGUGACAUCAAAUUACCUCAGGAAAAGUUCAAAGAACUUGCCCUUGAACAAGUCUGAUUCGAUUUUAACUGAGCGUUUCUACCGUAGCAGGCUCGACGAGCUCUGUGACUCUAUUUCAGACAUGGCACAUCACAUGUUUAAUGUACAAUUAGUGUACACUUUAGCAGUGAUUGUUUUUGUUUCCUCAAGACAUAUUCAAAAAUCAGAAGUUGGGAAGUCUCGACAAGAUAUAUCGAAGUCUGGCAAACCAGGCGAGUACUUAUGGUACAAAACUGGCUCAGUGCAAACGGAACAAAAGUUUGCAAAAAGUCUCAUAGCUAGAUCGUCGCAUAAGAAGAAGUCUGAUGGCUUAGACGAAGGGGAGUCUAGUGGAAGUAUUUCCCCAAAUGAGGAGCACGAUCCCAGUGGGAGUGGGGAUGUUAAUGAAGAAUACCUGUCAGCGAGUGGAAUUUAUCCAAACAGUUAUAUGGUGGAUAUCCAAAAGUCUGACACCACAGAUUCUUCUGCGCCUGAGGCAGUUGGUGACACAGCUCAGGUCACUUCUGCCGAGAACAAUCCUGAAGAGAUGAAUGCAGAUUUCUCGGGGGACAGUAAAGCUGAGGUUGAAGGAAAAGAAAUUCCCGAGGAAGAAGUAAACGCACGAGACGGCAGCGGCAGCAUCGAUGGAAGUGAAGAUGAUGAAGAUGCUGAUAAAAAUGAGAAAGGAGAAGCCGAGGUAAAGGUUUUGUCACCUGCUGUUGAAAAGGAAGCUGAAUUUCAGAGGAAGAGAAGUGAAAUUUACAAGAAAAACAAGGUUACUGAGGGAGGCAGUGAAAGUGAGUAUGACAAGCUUUUUAAAGAUUUCAAGAACGAUGGGGAUCUGGGUCCAGAUUUAGAAGAGGAUGAUGACAGUUACUUGGACGACGCCAUAUCUGAUGAAGAAGCAAGACAACUGGUCUCUGAAGGAAACAAAGAGGAGACUGGGAAGAGUAAGAGUGACAUUUUGGGUCACCAUUAUGGUGAGGGAGAAGAUGUAACCUCCAUGUUUCAAGGGUUCAGAGAUACAAGCGACUCAAGUUCGGACGGGUCCCGAGCUCGUACUGCUGAGCACAAGAGAAAGGCUUACACACACAAUAUGAAAGAAAUACUCUCGAAGCUCGAUAAAGAUGUUUUUAGAGGAAAUAACAGCGAAGAACAUAAGCAGCUUCAGAAUAAAAAGCAUCGACUUUAUCACAAACAAUUACACAAACAUCAUCAUCGUCAUCAUCAUCAUCAUCAUCACGAACAUCAAAAGAAUUUAUCGAUUGAAGAAGCAGGCGCCUCUCGAGCCCUCAGUCAUCAUGCGGACAGCGGAAUCUUCAACGGGAGCGUUAGUAAUGUGACAUUGGAGGCUCAAAAGGUAAAGAAACAUCAUGAACAUAAACGCCAUCAUCAUCAUCAUCAUCAUCAUCACCAUCAUCACAGGCAUCAUCAUCGGCAUCGUCACCACCUGGACCAUCACCAAAAGGAACUGGAAUCACACCAUGACAACACCAGUGAAAGUCAAAUUCCAACCGCGGAUUUCCAGCAGUCCAAUCCAAACACACAGUAUUCUAUGCAGUACCCAACCGUGUAUUAUCCUUCAUCAGUCCCAGUUAUCAACACAGAAACACCACAGUCACCACAGGGAACCUACUCUUCAGAGGAAAGUUCCCUUUUACAAUAUUACAAGCAGCCAUCAAAUGGUUUCGUGUAUCACGCUGUGAGAGACGCUGACAAAGUAGGCGCUGUAUGCCUUGAUGGAUCCACGCCGGGUUACUAUGUCAGACAGGGAUCUGGUGAAGCAAGUAAGAACUGGAUUAUUUACUUACAGGGAGGGGCAUGGUGCGAGAGUGAGCAAGCUUGUUCGGGCAGGAGCCGCAUGCAUCUAGGGUCUUCUCUCUUUUUCAAACCUCUUGGCAAUCCUGGUGGAAUUUUAUCCAACAACGCUAAAGAAAAUCCUGAAUUCCACGACUGGAGUGUGGCGUAUCUCCCAUACUGUGAUGGUUCGUCGUUUUCAGGAAACAGAUCUGACCCAGUAGAGUUUGAAGGUUCGUUGUUGUAUUUCAGAGGCUUCAGAAUCUUAGAUUCGACCAUAUCGGAAUUGUUGUCCGACACAAGUUUAAAAGAGACCAGGAAUAUUGUGUUUUCUGGUACCUCAGCUGGGGGACUCGCCGUCAUGCUUCACGCCGAUUAUGUCCGUUCUAAACUCCCAAAGAAUGCACACUUCAGAUCGCUUGCUGAUUCAGGAUUUUUCCUCGACACAACUUCACGGAAACACAAAAAACAGAAGAAAUUCAGGAAGGCUAUGCAGAAUGUUUUUAAGCUUCAUGACUGUACGGAUGGGGUCCCUCAAAAUUGCGUCAAGAAGAUGUCAGGAAAAGACCUCUGGAAAUGCAUUUUCCCACAAUACUUUUUACCUUUCGUUAAAAGUCGUCUGUUUAUCGUGAACUCUUUGUACGACUCGUGGCAGCUGAGUCACAUCUGGGAAAUCCCUUGUGCUUCUACUCCUUACAAGUGUUCCAAGAAAGAAGUGAAGCUUAUCAAGAAAUUCCGAAGUAAAACGUUAAAAGCCAUGAAGCCCGUGUUCGCCUCAUCGAACAUUGGAUUGUAUGUUGAUUCAUGUAUUGAUCAUGGACAAGUAAUCUUUAAUGCACAGUGGAAUUCAAUCAAGGUGCAGCGUAAAUCGAUUGCAUCGUCAUUUGCCACGUGGUGUCAUAAACCAACCAAGACCGAAUUUUUCAUCGACGAAGAUGAUUAUCCUGCGAAUCCAACUUGUGUGACUAAGGACGUUGCCAGAAGAUCAGAAAUCAUCACAGAAGGAUUCUAAAUCGCAAUUCAGUUACAUAAUUUGAGCUGCCAAUGAACAAGGUUUAUCAGGACAGAAACCGCACGAGACAAUCGAACACACGACUCGUGUCGAACAGCUUUAGGUCAUACUUAAGGUUUUAUUAUUUUACUCCUGUACUGAACUGUAAAAUUUUGCCGGAUUGGGAUUGUUGAAGUGUUAACAAAGCCUGCAAGUGGUCUUCCCAUGUCAAGUUACCGACGUUAGUUUAUUGUUUUAUUUAUUUCUUCACUUGUUUCAUAUAUUCAUUUGAAAAUUAACUGGACAUAGCUAUGUUAUACAAUCCAUGGCAUUACAGUUCUAUAUUAAUGGCAAUUUGUCACCUGACCACACCUCAAGAGGCGUAGUGCGAGUAACUAUAAAGAUGCUAGAAUAUUUCUCGAGUGUGAGCCAAAAACAUUCAGUUCUAUGUAGGCUGAUCGGGCUUCAAAAUAUUCUCAGCGCAUACCUUCUGGGUAUAAUUUCUUCUCACUAUGAGUCAUAGAAAGCGUAUUUUAGAAAAGAAGUUUUAUUAUAUCAAGAGAUUAUAAACUGAGUUUAUGUUCUCUUGAUUAUAUUUUAUUGUCAAUUCUUUCUUGUCGAUAGUACACAGUUCCCGAGUCCUAAUAAAGAGAACGUAUCUUCCA